AUGGAGGGCGUCGAGAAGAGCCCCCUCUUCACGGUCGAGCUCUUGUCCAAGUUCUUGGGUGCAGACUGCUGGAUCACGGAGGUGUCGACAGCGAUACAGCACAAUGGGAUCCACGUCACCCAGAAGCUCCAGCUCCCCUCCAUGGACACGCGCCUGGUGGCUGUCAAGUUCUUCUUGGCCGGGCGCUCGCCCCGUCGCUGGUUGGGUUUUGGGCGAGAGGAGGGCCUAUGGACAGGUUCCCAUCCGCCAGGAGGAGCGCUGCUGGAGCCUGGUCUGCUUGAAUCAUCCUUUAAGUGGGUGGCCGGCUUUCUUCGUGAUUGUCCACUCCUUCGGCUUGAUCUCCGCCGUGUAGAGCUACCGCCGUAG